UUUUUCACAGUGCUACUUUACGAAAUUUCCUGCUGUGUGUGGACCGUAUUCAUGUCGAAAAAUUAUCGGUAAAAAAGGAAAAAAUAAGCCCCCAGAAUGGCCGAGGCCGAAGGGGGGUCCGAACAGGAUGAUGUUUCAUUCUUGCGAACGGAAGAUAUGGUUUGUCUUUCCUGUACUGCGACAGGGGAGCGUGUUUGUUUGGCUGCUGAGGGUUUCGGUAAUCGGCAUUGCUUUUUAGAAAAUAUCGCAGAUAAGAAUAUACCACCAGAUCUUUCACAAUGUGUGUUCGUUAUAGAACAGGCAUUGUCGGUACGUGCUUUACAAGAAUUAGUCACUGCUGCUGGUAAUGAAACUGGCCAGGAAAACCUAGGUAAAGGUACAGGAUCUGGACACCGCACCCUUUUGUAUGGUAAUGCCAUUCUUUUACGCCAUCAAAACAGCGACAUGUACUUGGCUUGUUUGUCGACAAGUUCAAGUAACGAUAAACUUGCUUUUGAUGUUGGGUUGCAAGAACACAGCCAAGGGGAAGCGUGCUGGUGGACGGUUCAUCCCGCCAGCAAACAGAGAUCUGAGGGUGAAAAAGUGCGCGUUGGAGACGACCUAAUUUUGGUUUCAGUCGCAACAGAACGAUAUUUGCACACAACGAAAGAGAACGAAAUUUCCAUCGUAAACGCAAGUUUCCACGUAACCCAUUGGUCCGUCCAACCAUAUGGUACUGGAAUCUCGCGCAUGAAGUACGUCGGCUACGUUUUCGGCGGCGAUGUUCUUCGAUUUUUCCACGGUGGUGACGAAUGUCUGACCAUACCAUCAACAUGGAGCAUCGAUGCGAAUAUUGUAAUUUACGAAGGCGGAAGUGUAAUGUCUCAAGCCCGGUCUUUAUGGAGAUUGGAAUUGGCGAGGACCAAAUGGGCCGGUGGUUUUAUAAAUUGGUCACAUCCAAUGAGGAUUAGACAUAUUACAACUGGGAGAUAUCUCGCAGUUAAUGAAAAUAAUGAAUUGUAUCUUGUUAGUAGAGAAGAGGCAAAUACUGCAACCACAGCUUUUUGUCUGAGACAAGAAAAAGAUGACCAAAAGGUUGUGCUUGAGGACAAGGAUUUGGAAGUUAUUGGGUCACCCAUUAUCAAAUAUGGCGACUCCACGGUCAUUGUGCAACAUUCUGAAACUGGACUCUGGCUCUCUUACAAGUCAUAUGAGACCAAGAAAAAAGGUGUGGGUAAAGUGGAAGAAAAACAGGCCAUCCUCCACGAAGAAGGCAAAAUGGACGAUGGUUUAGAUUUCAGUAGGAGUCAAGAAGAAGAAUCCAGAACUGCUCGAGUCAUUCGUAAAUGUAGUUCCCUUUUUACCCAAUUCAUUAAUGGACUAGAAACCCUCCAAAUGAACCGUCGCCAUUCAGUAUUCUUUUUAGCAGUGAAUUUAAACGAAAUGGUCAUGUGUCUUGAAGAUUUAAUCAAUUAUUUUGCCCAACCCGAGGAUGACAUGGAACACGAGGAGAAGCAAAAUAGGUUUAGGGCCUUGAGAAACAGACAAGACCUGUUUCAGGAAGAAGGCAUUUUGAAUUUAAUUCUAGAAGCCAUAGAUAAAAUCAAUGUGAUAACGUCUCAAGGCUUUUUAGCCGGACUUGCUGGUGAUCAAAACUGGGAAAUGAUUUCCGGUUAUUUGUACCAAUUGCUCGCUGCGAUUAUCAAGGGGAAUCACACAAAUUGUGCUCAAUUUGCCAAUUCGAACCGCUUGAAUUGGCUUUUUUCCCGCUUGGGUUCCCAAGCUUCCAGCGAAGGUACUGGAAUGUUGGAUGUGCUCCAUUGUGUGCUUAUUGAUUCACCGGAAGCUUUAAAUAUGAUGAGGGACGAACAUAUUAAAGUAAUAAUUUCUCUUCUCGAGAAACAUGGGAGAGAUCCGAAGGUUUUGGACGUACUUUGCUCACUUUGUGUUGGUAAUGGUGUCGCAGUGCGUAGCUCACAAAACAAUAUCUGUGAUUAUCUUCUUCCUGGAAAAAAUUUACUUUUACAAACUCAAUUAGUAGAUCAUGUAGCAAGUGUAAGACCAAAUAUUUUUGUGGGUAGAGUUGAAGGUAGCGCAAUUUAUCAAAAAUGGUAUUUUGAAGUUACUGUAGAUCACAUAGAACAAACCACUCACAUGAUGCCUCAUCUGAGGAUUGGGUGGGCCAACUCCAAAGGAUAUGUGCCGUACCCUGGGGGUGGUGAAAAAUGGGGCGGUAAUGGCGUAGGCGACGAUUUAUACUCUUAUGGCUUCGAUGGUGUUUAUCUCUGGUCAGGAGGACGCUCAACCCAAGUCGUCACCACUUUCACGACACCAUUUAUUAAGAAAAGCGACGUGGUUGGCUGUGCCUUAGAUUUAACUGUUCCAAUCAUUACUUUUACAUUCAAUGGUGUGCCAAUUAAAGGAAGUUUUCGAAAUUUCAACUUGGACGGAAUGUUUUUCCCUGUCAUUAGUUGUUCGUCGAAACUUAGUUGUCGAUUUCUACUAGGUGGUGAUCACGGCCGUUUAAAAUAUAUCCCUCCGGAGGAAUUUUCACCACUAGUUGAAAGUCUGCUCCCUCAACAAAUCCUAAACCUUGAACCCUGUUUUUACUUCGGUAACAUGAACAAAAAUGUCAUUGCUGGUCCUUUGACUGUUGAAGACGACACAGCUUUUGUACCUAACCCCGUAGACACGUCCAUGGUUAGUUUAGCGAGUUAUGUUGAGUCAAUUCGGGACAAAUUAGCGGAAAAUAUCCACGAAAUGUGGGCAAUGAACAAGAUCGAAGCUGGCUGGCAAUGGGGGGAGUACAGGGACGACUUGAGACACAUUCACCCCUGUUUGGUGCCUUUCGAUAAAUUACCACCAGCUGAGAAAAAAUACGACUCGCAAUUGGCCGUUCAAACCUUGAAAACAAUCAUAGCCCUUGGUUAUCACAUAACUAUGGAUAAGCCCCCAUCACGGAUUAAAACAGUCCGGCUUCCAAACGAACCUUUCAUGCAAUCAAACGGCUAUAAGCCGGCCCCUCUUGACCUAAGUGCGAUAACCCUGACCCCAAAACUGGAAGAACUCGUUGACCAAUUGGCCGAAAAUACUCAUAAUCUUUGGGCGAAAGAGAGGAUCCAACAAGGUUGGACUUAUGGACUCAAUGAGGAUCCUGACAUGUUCCGAAGUCCACAUCUCGUGCCUUACAUCAAAGUUGAUGAUGCCAUCAAGAAAGCCAAUAGGGAUACAGCAUCUGAGACAGUUCGUACUUUGCUUGUAUAUGGAUAUAAUUUGGAUCCGCCCACUGGUGAACAACAUGAAGCCUUAUUGGCUGAAGCUAGUAGGUCGAGACAAGCCAUAUUCAGGACUUACAGAGCUGAGAAAACUUAUGCGGUCAGUUCGGGGAAAUGGUAUUUUGAGUUUGAGAUUCUUACAGCAGGACCGAUGAGAGUUGGAUGGGCCAAGGCUGAUUGUGCGCCGGGGUGUAUGUUGGGGUCGGAUGAGAAUACGUGGGCCUUUGAUGGAUACAAUGAAGAAAAAGUGUAUAGCAAUUCGGCCGAGUCUUUCGGAAAACAGUGGCAAGUUGGGGACGUAGUUGGCGUAUUCCUUGACCUAAUCGAUCAUACAAUUAGUUUUUCACUAAAUGGUGAAUUGUUAAUGGACGCGUUGGGUGGCGAAACCACCUUCGCUGAUGUACAAGGGGACAAUUUUGUCCCAGCUUUUACUCUAGGUGUGGGUCAGAAAGCUCGACUUUGCUUCGGACAAGAUGUAACCCAGUUAAAGUAUUUCACCAUGUGUGGGCUACAAGAAGGGUACGAGCCAUUCUGUGUUAAUAUGAAACGACCUGUCACCUAUUGGUACACUAAAGAUCAGCCAAUAUUUGAAAAUACUGAUGAUAUGCCUGAUACGAAAAUUGACGUUACGAGAAUUCUAGCCGGUUCAGAUAGUCCUCCGUGUCUUAAGAUCAGUCACAACACGUUUGAGACGAUGGAAAAGGCCAAUUGGGAGUUUUUGAGACUUAGUUUGCCAGUUAUUUGCCACUCAACUUUUAUUUCUGAAGAUGAAAAAAUGAGGCGUUGGCAAGAAAUUAAAAUCAGACAACAUAGACUCAAGGCUGAAGCCGAGUCGAAUAUUUCUCCAGCACAUAUUGAGCAAAUGAUGAUGAAGAGUGGAUUCUCCAUGAGUGACAUCAAAGGCCUACAUCGCAAUUAUUCUGAAGACGCUGUCGAAUCAGACGAAGUGAUGAAACACCACGGCAAAUCCACUAAAAGCAUGCCUGCUAGACCACCUCGAAAAGGCUCACUUUCCCGUAACGUCAACGGUUUUGAAGACAACAUGUUGAACACAAACACUGGUAGAGGCGUCCAUCGCUCCACUAGCGAAUUAAACCUCAACAGAUACCAUGACAUGGCCCCAGCAAAUCAAGAAAAACCCGAUGAAAAGAAAAAACGAGGACGAUCACCUUUCAGUGCUGCUGUACAAAGAUUUUUCUCGAGAAAGAAAGCCGGGAAUUCCCCCGGAGGUGAGUCUGUUAAAGCAGACAAAUCGAAAACACCGGAACGGGAAAAGGAACGAAUUAAGGUGCCGACACGGCAAGCUGGGGUGUCCCCGUCAAUGCUCACAAGGAGUCCAACAAUAAAACAAUCACAAAGUGAUUUAAUGCAAGUCCCGACCGCCGCUACAGGCCAACAGAAACAACUUUCAGUACCUCAUACUUCCGAUGUUGAAGCCGUUGGUGAUGAAUUGUUUGAUGGAGAGUGUCUUAAACUUAUCAACGAAUAUUUCUAUGGUGUUCGAAUUUUCCCGGGUCAAGACCCGACUCAUGUGUAUGUGGGAUGGGUCACCACCCAAUACCAUCGCCAUACGAAAGAUUUCAAUCAAAAUCAAGUGCGGAAAAGCUCGAUUGUUAUCCUCGACGAUUAUGACCGAGUGGUUGAAUGUGUUGAUCGCCAAGCCUGCUACAUGGUACGCGCCGACGAGCUCUACAAUCAAGUAACUCAAGAUGCUUCAGGUAAAGGAGCAUCACAAGGCAUGUUUAUUGGUUGUUUCCUCGACGCUGCCACUGGUGUUAUCACAUUUACUUGUGAAGGCAAGCCAACAUCUUACAUUUUCAGGAUGGAACCUGAGACUAAACUCUUCCCGGCGAUUUUCGUCGAAGCCACAAGCAAAGAAAUCCUCCAGAUCGAAUUAGGUCGUACACCCACAAGUCUACCACUUUCAGCAGCAGUUUUGCAAAAUAGUGCCAAACACGUAAUCCCCCAAUUCCCACCAAGACUCAAAGUGCAAUGUUUGAAGCCACACCAAUGGGCUCGAGUGCCCAAUCAGAGUUUACAAGUUCAUGCAUUGAAAUUGUCCGAUAUAAGGGGUUGGUCAAUGCUGUGUGAGGAUGCUAUUUCCAUGCUAGCUCUUCACAUUCCUGAAGAAGAUCGCUGUAUUGAUGUGCUGGAAUUGAUUGAAAUGGACAAACUGUUGAGUUUCCAUGCACAUACUUUGACUCUUUAUGCCGCUUUGUGUUAUCAAAGUAACUAUAAAGCCGCUCAUGUGCUGUGCAAACAUGUCAAUCAGAGACAGCUUUUGUAUGCCAUCAAAGCGGAGUAUAUGAGUGGGCCUUUGAGACAGGGAUUCUAUGAUUUGCUUAUCGCUGUUCAUAUCGAAUCAGCUGCGACUACGAUGGAGGUUUGUCAAAAUGAAUAUGUUAUUCCGUUAAGUCAAGAACUGAAAGAAAUGUAUGAAGAUGCAGAGAUGAGGCAUAGUUUGAGGGCUCUCAUGAUGGAGUCUGUGCAACCGCAAAUGAAAAUGUCUGAUAUAACCGACACUGUUGAAAACAUAAAAAAUUUGUAUUCACCUUACUUCCCCUUGGACAUCGUCCGAGACUAUGUCAUGACAGCUUUGGCCGAAGCUGUUGAAACCAACCAAGUGCACAAUCGUGACCCAAUUGGAGGCUCCAAUGAAAAUCUAUUUCUACCUUUACUUAAACUAGUCGAUCGUUUAUUACUAGUCGGAAUGCUACGUGACGAAGACAUUGCAAAACUCCUCAUAAUGAUUUGUCCCGAAACUUGGGACCCUUCAUUCGAAAAGGACGGCAAAGACGAGCACCGCAAAGGUCUCCUCUCGAUGAAAAUGGCCGAAGGAGCGAAACUACAAAUGUGUUACCUCCUUCAACACUUCUGUGAUAUUCAAUUGAGACACAGAGUGGAAUCCAUCAUUGCAUUCAGUCAUACUUUCGUUGGUGAUUUACAAUCGGAUCAAUUACGACGCUACAUUGAAAUCAAACAAUCUGAUCUUCCAUCUGCUGUGGCAGCAAAGAAAACAAGAGAAUUUAGAUGUCCACCACGUGAACAAAUGAACGCGAUUUUAUCAUUCAAAAACUUGGAGGAGGAAGAUAAGGAAAAUUGUCCUCUAGGGGAAGAAUUAUGCGAGAAACUGAACGAUUUUCACGGUUUAUUGAUGAGUCACGUGUCGUUACAAGCCCUCCAAGCGCCUUCAGAAGAAGAAGGUAAUGACGUCCAAAAACCGGGACCCUUCAAACGGUUGUAUAAUUUCAUCAACGCUGUGAAAGAACUAGAAGAAGAACCGAAAGAAGAACCCGAACCGGAGAAAAAAACCCCGGAGGAAAUCUUCCGGAAGGUUUUAAUCUCAACGAUUGUGCAAUGGGCCGAAGAGGCUCAAAUCGAAACCCCCAAACUAGUCCAAGAAAUGUUCAGUUUGUUAGUGCGACAGUACGACUCCGUUGGUGAAUUAAUCCGAGCUUUGCAAAAAACCUACGUCAUAAAUGCGAAAACCAAGCAAGAUGUUGCAGAAAUGUGGGUCGGUUUGAGCAAAAUCCGGGCUCUUUUACCAGUUCAAAUGUCCCAAGAGGAGGAAGAGUUGAUGAGGGAACGUUUGUGGAAAUUGGUCAAUAACCACACUUUUUUCCAACACCCGGACUUGAUCCGGGUUUUAAGAAUCCACGAAAAUGUCAUGGCCGUUAUGAUUAACACUCUUGGUCGCCGCUCACAAGCGCAAUCUGACGCCCAAGCACAAGCACAAGCCGCCGAAGGCGACACCACUGUCAAAGAGAAAGACACUUCGCAUGAAAUGGUCGUGGCGUGUUGUCGCUUUUUGUGUUAUUUCUGCAGAACGGGGCGUCAGAAUCAGAAAGCUAUGUUUGAACAUUUUGAUUUUUUGCUUGAGAAUAGUAAUAUUUUACUCGCGAGGCCGAGUUUAAGAGGUUCAACGCCGCUAGAUGUGGCUUAUUCGUCGUUGAUGGAAAAUACGGAGUUGGCGUUGGCUUUACGUGAACACUAUUUAGAGAAAAUUGCGAUUUAUUUGUCACGGUGUGGUUUACAGUCGAAUUCGGAACUUGUGGAAAAGGGGUAUCCUGAUUUGGGGUGGGAUCCGGUGGAAGGUGAACGGUAUUUGGAUUUUCUCAGGUUUUGUGUUUGGGUUAAUGGUGAAAGUGUUGAAGAAAAUGCUAAUUUAGUCAUCAGAUUGCUUAUUAGAAGGCCUGAGUGUUUAGGGCCGGCUUUAAGAGGAGAAGGCGAAGGCUUGCUGCGCGCCAUCGUAGAUGCAAACAAAAUGUCUGAACGCAUUUCCGACCGCCGCAAAAUGAUGGACGAAGCUGAAGGCACCGUAAACGUCACCCCCUUCACUCACCCUCUCCCCGAAAGUGACGACGAUGAAGACUACAUCGACACCGGAGCCGCAAUUUUGAACUUUUAUUGCACUUUAGUCGACCUUUUAGGACGCUGCGCCCCCGAUGCAACAGUCAUAGAACUUGGCAAAAACGAGUCACUCCGUGCCCGUGCUAUCCUCAGAUCUCUAGUCCCACUCGAAGACCUCCAAGGCGUAUUAAGUCUCAGAUUCACUCUCCAAAACCCAGCUGCUGGCGAAGAGCGACCCAAAUCCGAUAUGCCAUCAGGUUUAAUUCCAGGACAUAAGCAAUCCGUUGUACUUUUCUUGGAACGAGUUUACGGGAUUGAAACUCAAGAACUGUUCUUUAAAUUGCUAGAGGAAGCGUUUUUGCCUGACCUGAGAUGUGCCACCAUGCUGGAUCGGAAUGACGGGAGUGAAUCAGACAUGGCGUUGAGCAUGAACCGCUACAUUGGUAAUUCAAUUUUACCACUUCUUAUUCAACACAGUAAAUUCUACAGCGAAGCUGAGAAUUAUGCUUCCCUCCUUGACGCUACUUUACACACAGUUUAUCGACUUUCCAAGAACCGGAUGCUCACCAAAGGGCAAAGAGAAGCCGUUUCUGAUUUCUUAGUGGCUUUGACAAGUGCUCUGCAACCUUCAAUGUUACUCAAACUUCUUCGCAAACUCACAGUUGACGUUUCAAACUUAUCAGAAUACACAACUGUAGCUUUGCGACUUUUGACAUUACACUACGACCGAUGUGCCAAAUAUUACGGUUCUAACACCGGGCAAGGCCUCUACGGCGCUGCUAGUGACGAAGAGAAGAGAUUAACAAUGAUGCUCUUCUCCAACAUUUUCGAUUCUUUGAGUAAAAUGGACUACGAUCCGGAAUUGUUCGGGAAAGCGUUGCCUUGUUUGAGUGCCAUUGGGUGUGCUCUUCCACCGGAUUAUUCCUUGUCGAAGAAUUAUGAUGAUGAGUGGUAUGCGAACAAAUCGGCCAAGACUGGCCCCGAUGGCCCUUAUAAUCCACAACCGAUUAAUACAUCAUCAGUGGCUCUUAAUAAUGACUUGAAUAGUAUUGUGCAACAGUUUUCCGAACAUUAUCACGAUGCUUGGGCUUCGAGGAAGUUGGAAAAUGGGUGGCAAUAUGGCGAGACUUGGUCUGAUAGCAAUAAAACGCAUCCGAGGCUAAAACCCUACUCCAUGCUAAAUGAUUACGAGAAAGAGCGGUACAAAGAGCCAGUUCGUGAGUCUUUGAAAGCAUUGUUGGCCAUUGGUUGGUCUGUUGAGCAUUCAGAAGUGGAUCAUCCUUCAACCAAUCGCAACUCAGUCCAUCGCCAAUCAGGCGAAGGCUCAUCACCAUUCAACUACAAUCCCCAUCCAGUCGAUAUGACCAACCUAACACUUUCAAGAGAAAUGCAAAACAUGGCUGAGCGACUUGCUGAAAACGCUCAUGAUAUUUGGGCCAAAAAGAAGAAAGAAGAAUUGAACACUUGUGGUGGAGGCAUUCAUCCACAACUAGUCCCUUAUGACCUUUUAACUGAUAAGGAAAAACGCAAGGAUAGAGAGCGUUCGCAAGAGUUCCUCAAGUAUUUGCAAUAUCAAGGUUAUAAACUACACAAGCCCAUUCGUGCUGGUCAAGGCGAAACUGAGCAAACCACAGCUGGAGCUUCAAUCGAGUUGCGUUUUGCGUACAGUUUACUAGAGAAACUGAUCCAAUACGCCGAUAGAGCCACAAUUAACAUGAAAUUACUGAAACCUUCAUCCACUUUUAGUCGCAGAUCUUCGUACAAAACCUCAUCUCGGGAUAUAAAAUUCUUCUCGAAAGUUGUACUACCGCUGAUGGAAAAAUACUUCUCCACUCAUCGCAACUAUUUCAUUGCUAUUGCAACAGCUACGAAUAAUGUCGGUGCAGCGAGUUUGAAAGAGAAGGAAAUGGUGGCAUCGCUGUUUUGUAAAUUAGCGAGUUUGUUGCGUUCCAAACUGACUGCUUUUGGGGCCGAUGUCAGGAUUACUGUUAGGUGUUUGCAAGUUUUAGUCAAGGGAAUUGAUGCCAAGUCGUUGGUGAAAAAUUGUCCCGAAUUUAUUCGCACGUCUAUGUUGACGUUCUUUAAUAACACUGCUGAUGAUUUGGGACAUACCAUUUUUAAUCUACAAGAGGGGAAGUACAGCCAUUUGCGUGGGACGCAUUUGAAGACUUCCACGUCUCUGUUUUAUGUCAAUACAGUGAUUAUUCCCAUUUUGACAGCUAUGUUCGACCAUCUUGCCAAUUGUGAAUAUGGAAGUGACCUGCUACUCGAUGAAAUUCAAGUUGCCUCGUACAAGAUUUUGCAAGCUUUGUACACUUUGGGCACUGAUACGACCCUCACCCAUGAUCGAAAAUACCUCAAGACUGAAAUCGAAAAGUACAAACCAGCCUUAGGUUCCUGUUUAGGUGCCUUCAGUUCCACUUUCCCAGUUGCAUUCUUAGAACCUCAUCUCAAUAAAAACAACCAAUUUUCUCUCCUAAAUCGUAUCGCUGAUCAUUCACUAGAGGCCCAAGAUAUUAUGGCGAAAAUGGAGGGCUCGAUGCCCACACUUGAGACGAUUUUAUCAGAAGUUGACCAGUUUGUCGAAAGUGAAAAGACAUACUCUGAUGCUCCUCAUAUUAUCGAUGUUAUAAUGCCGAUGUUAUGCUCGUAUUUACCGUUUUGGUGGUCUCAAGGCCCCGACAAUGUCAGUCCUACUGGAGGUACCCACGUGUCGAUGGUAACAGCAGAACACAUGAAUCAUUUACUGAAAAAUGUUUUAAAAUUGAUUAAGAAAAACAUCGGUAAUGAAACAGCACCAUGGAUGACACGUAUCGCUGCAUACACUCAACAAAUUAUCAUCAACAGUAGUGAAGAACUGCUUCGGGACCCAUUCUUGCCCUUAGCUGAGCGUGUGAAGAAACGAACUGAAACUAUGUUUCACAAAGAAGAAAGUUUGAGAGGUUUUAUUAAAAGCUCUUCAGAUGAUACAUCACAGAUUGAAACUCAAAUUCAAGAAGACUGGCAUCUUCUAGUUAGAGAUAUUUAUGCCUUCUAUCCUCUCCUAAUCAAAUACGUUGACUUGCAAAGAAAUCAUUGGUUGAGGCAUAAUAUCGCCGAAGCUGAAGACUUGUACAAUCAUGUAGCCGACAUUUUCAAUAUUUGGUCAAAAUCACAAUAUUUUCUACGAGAAGAACAAAACUUUAUUUCUGCGAAUGAAAUUGACAACAUGGUUUUGAUAAUGCCGACGGCUACGAGGAGACCGGUUGUGACCGAUGGGACGCAACAAACCGGAGGCAAGAAAAAGAAGAAGCAUCGUGAUAAGAAGCGCGACAAAGACAAGGAAAUCCAAGCCUCCUUGAUGGUGGCUUGCUUGAAACGUUUACUACCAGUAGGUUUGAACUUGUUUGCUGGACGUGAACAAGAACUGGUCCAACAUUGCAAAGAUCGUUUCUUGAAGAAAGCCCCAGAGUAUGACAUCAUUGAAUUUGCAAAAACUCAGCUCACUUUGCCUGAUAAAAUCGAUCCAGCUGAUGAAAUGUCCUGGCAGCAUUAUUUGUACAGUCAAUUGGGGAGCAAAAAGAGUGCUGCUGUGGGAAUGGUCGACAACAACGGCAAAAAUCUACUAGAAGAGACAGUUGAUAGAAUUGUUGCAAUGAGUAAAGUCCUCUACGGGUUGCACAUGAUCGAUCACCCACAACAACAACAAAAAGGUGUUUACCAUAGUGUGGUCUCGACUCAAAGGAAACGUGCUGUACUUUCUUGUUUCCGGCAAGCUUCCUUGCACAGUUUACCAAGACAUCGAGCUAUAAAUAUUUUCAUCCGGUCCUACUACGAAUUGUGGUUGCAAGACGAAAAUGUUGGCCAAGAAGUUAUGAUUGAGGAUCUCACUCAAAGUUUUGAGGAUUCGGAACUUAAGAAGAAAGAUGUUGAGGAGGAAGAAAGCAAACCGGAUCCUCUUACCCAACUUGUGACUACUUUCUGUCGAGGAGCUAUGACUGAGCGUUCUGGGGCUUUACAGGAGGACCCCUUGUACAUGUCUUAUGCUGAAAUCAUUGCUAAAUCAUGUGGAGAAGAAGAGGAAGAAGGCGAAGAAGAGGAAAGUGGUGAAGGUGAAGAAGGAGGCGCCUCAAUUCAUGAGCAAGAAAUGGAGAAACAGAAACUCCUUUUCAAUCAAGCAAGAUUAGCCAAACGUGGGGUAGCAGAAAUGGUCCUUUUGCACAUUUCUGCUUGCAAAGGUGUUCCCUCUGAAAUGGUAAUGAAAACACUCGAAUUGGGCAUUUCGAUUCUUCGUGGUGGUAAUUUUGACAUCCAAAUGGGAAUGUUAAACCAUUUGAAAGAGAAGAAAGAUGUGGGAUUCUUCACUAGUAUUGCUGGAUUGAUGAACAGUUGUAGUGUUUUGGAUUUGGACGCGUUUGAGCGAAACACCAAAGCUGAAGGUCUUGGUGUUGGAUCAGAAGGUGCUGCUGGUGAGAAAAACAUGCACGAUGCGGAAUUCACAUGUGCCUUAUUCAGGUUUAUUCAAUUGACGUGUGAAGGCCACAAUUUAGAGUGGCAAAAUUACUUACGUACCCAAGCUGGUAAUACCACAACUGUAAACGUGGUUAUUUGCACAGUAGAUUACUUGUUACGUCUCCAGGAAUCAAUAAUGGACUUUUAUUGGCAUUACUCAAGCAAAGAUUUGAUUGACCCUGCCGGUAAAGCAAACUUUUUUAAAGCUAUUGGAGUUGCUAGUCAAGUUUUCAACACACUUACUGAAGUCAUUCAAGGGCCGUGUACUCUCAAUCAACAAGCCUUGGCUCAUUCUAGGUUGUGGGACGCUGUUGGUGGUUUCCUCUUCCUCUUCUCCCACAUGCAAGACAAACUAUCCAAACAUUCAAGUCAAGUCGACUUGUUGAAGGAGUUGUUGAAUUUGCAAAAAGACAUGAUUACCAUGAUGUUGUCAAUGCUUGAAGGUAACGUUGUUAAUGGUACUAUUGGUAAGCAAAUGGUGGACACGUUGGUUGAAAGUGCUUCAAACGUUGAACUUAUCCUUAAAUAUUUCGACAUGUUUUUGAAGUUGAAGGAUUUGACUUCGUCACCUAGUUUCCAAGAGAUUGACAUUAACAAUGAUGGUUGGGUUUCCCCCAAAGACUUUAAAGAGAAGAUGGAGCAACAAAAAAGCUACACUUCUGAGGAAAUUGACUUUUUAUUGGCUUGUUGUGAAGUUAACCAUGAUGGUAAAGUCGACUAUAUUGGUUUCAUUGACCGGUUUCACGAACCAGCCAAAGAAAUUGGUUUUAAUUUAGCUGUUUUGUUGACAAAUUUGUCAGAACAUAUGCCGAAUGAACCAAGAUUGGCCAGGUUUUUGGAAACUGCCGGGUCUGUGUUGAAUUAUUUCGAACCGUUCUUGGGCCGAAUUGAGAUCUUAGGUGGCAGUAAACGUAUAGAAAGGGUGUAUUUUGAAAUUAAGGAGUCCAAUAUCGAACAGUGGGAAAAGCCGCAAAUUAAGGAAUCAAAACGAGCCUUUUUCUACUCCAUCGUCACCGAAGGCGGCGACAAGGAGAAACUCGAAGCCUUUAUCAACUUCUGUGAAGAUGCCAUCUUUGAAAUGCAACACGCAAGUGGCUUGAUGGCAGUUGAAGAAUCGGGUGGUGGAGGCCCAACCCGUGCUGCUAGCUACAGUUACAUGAACGUCGACGAUGAAGACCGAGGCAAAGACCCAAUUCGUCGAGGUUACCAAUCCAUCAAAGAAGGCAUCGCUUACAGUCUUUCCGCUCUCAGUCCUUCAAACAUCAAACACAAAUUCGCUGAAAUGCAACAAAUGACAAUUCCGGAACUGUUCAUCGGCUUCUUCAGAAUGAUCAUUUAUGCAUUUUAUUACUCCGGAUUUGGAGUCGCGAUUAUUUUCAAGUAUAUCUUCGGCGUGUUGUUGUCUUUGAUGAGGGGGCCUAUUGAAGAACCGGUUUUGGAAAUAAAGGAAGAAGAAGAAAAGGUUGGGUUAUCACGCGUGUUACCGGCGUUACCACCUUCAGAAGAACAAAAUACCCAAAUGCAAGCAUUCGGAUUAGAUAUAACGAAAGAAGAUAACGGACAGUAUAAAAUGGCCGCACAUGAAUCGCCCACCACAAGCCAACCAUCAGAAGGCGAAGGUGAGACAACACCGGAAGAAGACGAACACCAAGAAACCGAAGCUUUAGAAGCACCAAUGUCGCUAUCUGAUCUUUUAGGUGGUGAACAAGCCAAACGUGCAGCACAAGAAAAAGUCGAAGCUCAAGCUGCCCAACAAGCCGUAAUGCAAGCCAUUGAAUCGGAAUCUAAACAACCUGUGGUUACUGAACCUUCAGCUGUCUCCCAAAUCAACUUUGGGGCUUACAGUCAUCGAGCUGUGUCUUUCUUAGCCCGGAAUUUCUACAACUUGAAAUAUGUGGCUUUGGUGCUUGCGUUCUGUAUCAACUUUAUGCUCCUCUUCUACAGGGUUUCAACCCUUGGAGAGGAUGCGGAAGGUAGCGGCAGCGGAAGCGGAAGCAAGGGAAUUCCUGAUAUCCUUGAAGGUUCGGGUGAAGGAAGUGGGGCAGAAGAGGAAGAGGACCCAAUUGAGUUGGUUCAUGUCGAUGAAGAUUUCUACUAUAUGGCACACGUGAUGCGAUUGGCGGCCAUUUUACAUUCAAUUGUGUCUCUAGCUAUGUUGAUUGCAUACUACAAUUUGAAAGUACCUCUAGCUAUUUUUAAACGAGAAAAGGAAAUUGCACGGAGACUUGAAUUUGAAGGUUUAUACAUCGCGGAACAGCCCGAAGAUGAUGACCUUAAAUCGCAUUGGGAUAAAUUAGUCAUUUCAGCAAAGUCAUUUCCGGUCAAUUACUGGGACAAGUUCAUUAAGAAAAAAGUGCGUCAAAAGUAUAGCGAAACGUACGAUUUUGAUUCGAUUAGUAAUUUGCUCGGUAUGGAGAAAACCUCCUUCCAACAUGAUGAAUCUGAUGAAGGACGGAGUUUCAUUUAUUUUAUCAUCAACAUCGACUGGCGUUACCAAAUUUGGAAAUCUGGAGUUACAAUAACCGACAACUCCUUCUUGUACUCCUUAUGGUACUUCAUUUUUUCCAUUUUGGGCAACUUCAAUAACUUCUUCUUCGCGGCCCACUUAUUGGAUGUUGCUGUCGGUUUCAAAACCUUGCGCACUAUCCUCCAAUCGGUGACACACAACGGAAAACAACUAGUUUUAACAGUGAUGUUGCUCACAAUCAUUGUUUACAUCUACACAGUGAUUGCGUUCAACUUCUUCAGAAAAUUCUACGUGCAAGAGGAAGAUGAAGAAGUUGAUAAGAAAUGUCACGACAUGUUAACAUGUUUCGUUUUCCACUUAUAUAAAGGUGUGAGAGCUGGUGGUGGUAUCGGUGAUGAAAUUGAACCACCCGAUGGUGAUGACUACGAAGUCUAUCGCAUUAUGUUCGACAUCACUUUCUUCUUCUUUGUUAUUGUUAUUCUCUUGGCUAUCAUUCAAGGUUUGAUCAUUGAUGCUUUCGGUGAGCUUCGUGAUCAACUAGAGAGUGUGAAAGAGGACAUGGAGUCGAAUUGCUUUAUUUGCGGGAUGGGGAAAGAGUAUUUUGAUAAAGUACCACACGGGUUUGAUACCCACGUCCAACAAGAACACAAUUUAGCUAAUUAUAUGUUCUUCCUGAUGCAUCUAAUCAACAAACCGGAUACGGAAUACACGGGUCAGGAGACUUAUGUGUGGAAUAUGUACCAGCAAAGGUGCUGGGACUUUUUCCCUGUCGGUGAUUGCUUCCGGAAGCAAUACGAAGAAGAGUUGGGUGGUGGAGGCGGUUAACAAGGAUCACACACAGCAGGAUGAUUUUUUGUUUGUUGAUAUUUGCAUAUUGUACGCUUUGCUCUCGAUUGUUUCAACAACAGUACAAAUUGUCCAAAUUUUGCCUUAUUUGCGGAAAUUUGAUCUAAUAAAGUAUU